CCCUGGCUCCCGCACCGUGGACGGCCGAAGCCGGGUGAUCCGGAUCGCGAGAAUUAAGGGGGUGGGAAGGUGUGAGCCGCAAACCCAGAGGAGGGCGGGAAGGAGGAGGAGGCCCCGGGGGUGGUCAGGGGCACUGGGGGUCCCGCCGGCAGAGUCCCUUCGCCGCCGGACCGACGCGGGCUGAUUGUGGCGGCCUCGGGUCAGGACACUUGGAGCGGGCGGCGCGGUGAGCGGAGCCAUGGCCUCGGGUGGGUAUAACCCAUGUAUAGAGAUCAUUGAACAGCCCAGGCAGAGGGGCAUGCGUUUUAGAUACAAAUGUGAAGGGCGAUCAGCAGGCAGCAUUCCAGGGGAGCACAGCACAGACAACAACCGAACAUACCCAUCUAUUCAGAUUAUGAACUAUUACGGAAAGGGAAAAGUGAGAAUUACAUUAGUAACAAAGAACGACCCAUAUAAACCUCAUCCUCAUGAUUUAGUAGGAAAAGACUGCAGAGACGGCUACUAUGAAGCAGAAUUUGGACAAGAACGCAGACCCUUGUUCUUUCAAAAUUUGGGUAUUCGUUGUGUAAAGAAAAAAGAAGUAAAAGAAGCUAUUAUUUCAAGAAUAAGGGCAGGAAUCAACCCUUUCAAUGUCCCUGAACAGCAACUGCUUGAUAUUGAAGAUUGCGACCUCAAUGUGGUGAGAUUAUGUUUUCAAGUUUUCCUCCCCGAUGAACAUGGUAAUUUGACAACGGCUCUACCUCCUGUUGUCUCUAACCCAAUUUAUGACAACCGUGCUCCUAAUACUGCAGAAUUAAGGAUUUGUCGUGUAAACAAGAACUGUGGAAGUGUCAGAGGCGGCGAUGAAAUAUUUCUACUGUGUGAUAAAGUUCAGAAAGAUGACAUAGAAGUUCGGUUUGUGUUGAACGAUUGGGAAGCAAAAGGUAUCUUUUCACAAGCCGAUGUACACCGCCAAGUAGCCAUUGUUUUUAAGACUCCACCAUAUUGCAGAGCGAUAACAGAACCAGUAACAGUAAAAAUGCAGUUGCGGAGACCUUCUGACCAGGAAGUUAGUGAAUCUAUGGAUUUUAGAUAUCUGCCAGAUGAAAAAGAUACUUACGGCAAUAAAGCAAAGAAACAAAAAACAACUCUACUUUUCCAGAAACUGUGGCAAGAUUGUGCAGUUAAUUUUCCUGAAAGACCUAGACCUGGUACCCUAGUAUCAACUGGAGAAGGAAGAUUCAUCAAAAAAGAAUCAAACUUUUCUCAUGGUACAGUUUUGACAGAAAUGCCCAGGACUUCAGGUGUUUCAAGUCAAGCAGAUUCCUACUAUUCCUCGCCUGUGUCCAUCUCAAAUGCACUGUCACAUCAUACUUCACCCAUACCUUCAAUGGUGUCUCAGCCUUCUUCAAGCUGGUCUUCAGGGCCCCACCCCACCUCGCGUGCAGUCAGUACAAAUCCACUGAGUGGUUUUUCAACAGGGACACUUUCCUCUAAUCCACAAGGUAUCUCGCCAUAUCUGGAAAUGCCUCUUGAGAGUGAUUUGAAUGCCUCUAAUGCUUGUAUUUAUAACAAUGCUAAUGACAUAGGCAGAAUGGAAGCACCAUCCAUGUCACCAGCUGAUUUAUAUGGUAUUUCUGAUGGCAACAUGCUGCCGAAUUGCCCUAUGAAUAUGAUAACACCUAGUAAUGACAGCAUGAGGGAGACUGAUAAUCCGAGACUUGUGAGCAUGAAUCUCGAAAACCCCUCCUGUAAUUCAGUGUUAGACCCAAGAGACUUGAGACAGCUCCAUCAGAUGUCCUCUCCCAGCAUGCCAGCAGGCACCAGUUCCAGUACGGCUGCUUUUGUUCCCCAGCCAGAGGCAUUUGAGAGAUCUGACUUCAACUGUACAGAUAACAGUAUGAUAAAUGAGUCAGGACCAUCAAACGGUACUAAUCCAAACAGUCAUGGCUUUGUUCAUAGUCAGUAUUCUAGUAUUGGCACUAUGCAGAAUGAGCAAUUAAGCGACUCAUUUGCAUUUGAAUUUUUUCAGGGUAACUUGUAAAACUUAAAUGCUUGUUUGGGUAUAUUGAAUACAAAGUUGGAAAGUAUCAUAAAAGGAAAAUUCUGAAAUAGAAAUUUAAAAGGAUGUUACUGUUUCUUCUUUUUGAAACAUGUGACCUGAUACUGUGUAUGGUGGGAAUUCUGUCUUUAGAGUCCUACCCCAUUUUCCCAGUAAAGAAUGAGGAGAAAAUGAGAGCAAGGCUCCAGUUCUUCCAAAUAUACUUUUUUAUACUUCUUUUAUAUUGUAUUAAUGUAUUCUUAGUUAAAUGAAUUAACUGAUAUUUGCUUUUAAGCAAAUUUAAGGUAAAACCUGUAAUGACUGUGUCAUUAGAAAAAUGAUUUCUUAUUAUUUUUGAGACCCAUAGGCCAAGGUGACCCCUAAGGGGUUUUCUGAGGCUGCUUGGAGUUUCUUAGAUUUAUAUGUAAGUCAAAAAUCUUUAAAAUCUUUAAGAAUCUAACUUGGCAGGGGGUGCCUGGGUCGCUCAGUCGGUGAAAUGUCUGCCUUUGGCUCAGGUUAUGAUCCCGAGGACCCUGGGAUCCAGCCCCCAUUCGACUCCUCUCCCUUCCCCACCCUCGCUCAUGUGCAGGAGUGCUCUCUCUCUCAAAUAAAUAAAUAAAGUCUUUAAAAAAAAAUUUAACUUGGACAGAAGAGAGUGGAAGUGAGCUUUCACGGUAGGGGAAGUUCUCUACAUUUUGGACCAUUUAAAUCCCUACCUUUAAAAUUGCUUGUGAUUUUAGGUUUACACUCAUGUCUUUAAGGUGAAGAAGUUUCCUUAGAUCUCUUUUCUUUCUUGUGUUUCCUCAGUCAUUGUGAUCUCAUCCAAUUUCAUGCUUUCUCUUUGUAAAUUUUAUCCCUAGCUUAGACCUACCCUCUGACCUCCAUACUUGGACCUUAGUCGUGUAUGUAAAACUACUUGUUUGACAUCUCUACUGAGAAACCUCAUUAACGAACAAAAAUCCAGCUCAGACUCAACAUAUCCAAAACUGAGUUCUUGAUCUUCUCUCCCAGUUUGCUUCUCCUUCAGUCUUCCCCAACUUAGUAAAUAGCAGUGCUAUGCUUCAGUUGUUGCUCAGGUCCAAAACCAUGGAGUCAUCCUUGAUUCUUUUCUUUCGCUCCCAAGUCCAAUCCAUCAGCAAAUCUGGUAGGCCUUGCCUUCAAAGUAUAUCCAAAGCUCACCACUUCUUUUGACCUCUACUAUUAGCUUCCUCUUCUGAGCCACGGUUAUAUCAUCUCUUGCCUAGAUUGAAGCUGUAGCCUCGAAAGAUGCUCUUACAUCCUUGUGCCCCAUAGUCUCUUCUCCCCAAAGUAGCCAGAAUGAUUAUUUUUAAAACAAGUCAAAUUGUAUCAUUCACCUGCUCAAAACUGUCCCGUGGCUCCCCAUUCCCAGUCAGAGUAAAGACCAAAGUUCUUAAAAGUGGCAAGCUUAUACUCCGUCUAUCUCAUGUCUUACUGUUUUCUUCUCAUUCAGCUCCAGGCACUCUGCCCUCAUAGCCUGUCUUCAAAAACACCAGGUAUACUUGUGCCUCAGAAACUCUUUGUACUUGGUGUCCUCUCUGCCUUGACUGUUCUCGCAGAUGCAUAGCUCACUUCUUAACAUCCUUCAGAUUCAUUCAGCUGAUACCGAUCAAGGCCUUCCUCGAGUCUAUACACAUCAGCGCUCCAUGUCCCCUCUCCUUUAUAUUGGUCCAUAGUGCUUACCAGGAUCUGACCUUUGCUAAUAAGCAUUUAUUUAUUUUUUUUUUUUAAAGAUUUUAUUGAUUUAUUUGACAGAGAUAGAGACAGUCAGUGAGAGAGGGAACACAAGCAGGGGGAGUGGGAGAGGAAGAAGCAGGCUCUCAGCAG